UUGCUUCCGGUUGCGUUCUCUGCUCGGGUUCGUGUUCCUCUUUCUCGCCGUCUCCCGCUGCUGAACUGUGUUUAUUGCAGCCAGACUGCAGCUGAGUUGUGCUUCGUUCAGGCUGUUAGUAAUUCAACACAGCUCGGCAGAAAAUGACCGCUCAGUCGAGAACCUAAGACAGUUUUUGUCCCGGACUGUGUGUACCCGCCCUGGUAAGGAGCGAGACCUUCACUUGCCAGCAUGAGAAGUAGGAGCAACUCUGGCGUUAAAUUGGACAACUAUGCCCGGAUAGUGCAGGAAACUAUCCUACAGCACCAAGAUCCGGUGACGGGUCUUCUGCCAGGCAGCACCGACCAUCCAGACGCCUGGGUCAGAGACAAUGUGUACAGCAUUGCGUCCGUGUGGGCCCUCAGCCUGGCCUACAGGAAGAACGCAGACAGAGACGAAGACAAGGCCAAGGCCUAUGAGCUGGAACAGAGCGUGGUGAAGCUGAUGAGAGGUGUUCUCCAGUGUAUAAUGAGGCAGCUGGACAAAGUGGAGAAGUUUAAAUACAGCCGGAGCACCAAAGACUCGCUCCACGCCAAGUACAACACCAGGACCUGCGCCACUGUCGUCGGCGACGACCAGUGGGGCCACCUGCAGGUGGACGCCACCUCUCUGUUCUUGCUCUUCCUCGCUCAGAUGACUGCGUCAGGUCUCCAUAUCAUCUACACCCAAGACGAAGUGGAUGUCGUUCAGAAUCUCAUGUUCUACAUCGAGGCAGCUUACAAAGUGGCCGAUUAUGGGAUGUGGGAGAGAGGAGACAAAACCAACCAGGGCAUCACAGAGAUCAAUGCCAGCUCCAUAGGCACAGCUAAGGCAGCUUUGGAGGCUCUGGAUGAACUUAACCUGUUCGGAGCAAAAGGAGGUCCUGGAUCUGUGGUCCAUGCUCUGGCUGAUGACAUACAGCACUGUCAGUCGAUUCUGACGUCGAUGUUGCCCAGAGCGUCCAUCUCUAAAGAGGUAGACGCCGGAGUCCUGGCCAUCAUCACCUACCCCGCCUUCGCUGUGGAGGACAUGAGCAUAGUGAACAUGACGAAGGAGGAGAUCAUCUCUAAGCUGCAGGGUCGAUACGGCUGCUGCAGGUUUCUCAGAGACGGCCACAGAACUCCCCGAGAGGAUCCAAACCGGCUGUACUACGAGUCCGCUGAGCUGAAGCUGUUUGAAAACAUAGAGUGCGAGUGGCCUCUGUUUUGGACGUAUCUCAUACUUGACGGCAUUUUUAGCAACAGUCAUGAGCAGGUGCUGGAGUACCAGGAGGCGCUGGAGGCGAUCCUGAUCAAACAGAAAAAUGGGAUCCAGCUGCUGCCAGAACUCUACAGUGUCCCUCCGGAUAAGGUGGAAGAAGAGUACAUGAACCCUCACUCAGUAGAAAGGAUCCCAAUGGGAAAGUGUCCUUUAAAAUGGGGUCAAUCGUUGUACAUCCUUGGAAAACUCCUCUCUGAGGGUUUUCUCGCCCCCGGAGAGAUCGAUCCCCUUAACAGACGGUUCUCCACGAUCCCUAAGCCUGAUGUAGUUGUACAGGUGUCCAUUUUGGCUGAGACGGAGGAGAUUAAGGGGCUGCUGAUGAAGAACGGUAUAAACGUGGAGACCGUGGCGGAUAUCCAUCCCAUCCAUGUUCAGCCGUCCAGAGUCCUGAGCCACAUCUACGCCAGACUGGGCCGUAACCCAAGGCUCGGCCUGACAGGGAGACCCUACAGAAGAAUAGGAGUCCUGGGAACCUCCAAGUUCUACAUCAUUAGAAACACAAUCUUUGCUUUCACUCCUCAGUUUAUCGACCACCAGCAGUUCUACUUGGCUCUGGACAACAAGAUGAUCGUGGAGAUGCUGAGGAACGAGAUUGCCUACCUUGCGUCAAGAUGGAGGAUAACCGGACGACCGACGGUCACCUUCCCCAUCUCGCAGACCAUGCUGACUGAAGACCACACUGACCUGGACCCUGCAGUCAUAGCUACGCUAAAGAAGCUACAGGACGGAUAUUACGGAGGAGCAAGGACCCAGACCGGAAAGCUGUCGGAGUUCCUGACCACUUCCUGCUGCGCUCACCUCAGCUUCCUCGAUGGUAAGGUUUCCGGCAGCAUGGGCCGGCACGGCGACCAGUAUGAUGAUGAUGAUGAUGAUGACGGCGAUGGAUACAUGCAUGAAUUACGUUGUGAUGAUGAAGCUGACGACCUCGCCCAGUAUCUGGACCACCUGUUGGCUCACUCUUCCCCCAAGAAGACUAAGCAUCAGACCGGAGGCCUGGGCAGGUUCAAGGCGGCGGCCACCAAGACCAAAGAGAUGGUGUCUCUGAUGAACAAGGCUCAGGAUCUGAACGUACACAACGUCAACAUGUACCUACCGAGCAAGCUGUUUCGUUCCUGUCAGCCGUCACUGAACCUGAAUCUCCCAGACCCUUCCGAGCCGCAGGAAACGCAGAGCUCGGCGGUGCCGAUCACAGCGGAGAGCGGCGUCCCCAGAGACGAAAGCGGAGCCGUCGACUACGACGCGCUGGUGCGGCUGCUGAAGGACACAAAAAACCUCCAGGACCAGGCAGACAUCCUUUACAUCCUCUUCAAAGACAAGGGUAUGGAUUGGGACACCCAGCUGCAAGGCAAAGGCUCCACAGUCAGAUCUCUACUGAGUGAGCUGUAUGAGAAGGCUGGCGACCUCAAACACUGGGGCCUCAUCAGGAUGAUCUCUGGGAUGCUGAAGAAGAAGGUGGAGGAGCUGGACUCGGCGUGCUCUGACUUGCUGGCGCACCAGAAGCACCUGACCGUGGGACUUCCCCCUGAGCCCAGAGAGAAGACCAUCACGGCUCCCAUCCCUCCGGACCAGCUGGCCGCUCUCAUCGACCAGGCCAGCGACAACAACAUCAGCGUGGCCAUCCUCACCCAGGAGAUCAUGGUGUACCUGGCGAUGAGCAUCAGGACUCAGCCGUCCCUGUUCAGCGAGAUGUUCCGGCUGCGAAUCGGCCUCAUUAUUCAGGUCAUGGCUACCGAACUGGCUCAGGCACUCAGCUGCUCAGGAGAGGAAGCCACAGAGAGCCUGAUGAGUCUCAGCCCGUCUGAGCUGAAGAACCUGCUGCACCACAUCCUGAGUGGGAAAGAGUUCGGAGUGCAGCGCAGCGUCAGGGAGGCAGACGUCGGCGUCAGUCCUGCCAUCUCCAUCCAUCAUCUCGGCAACACCGGCGCCACCAAGAGCGAGAGAGCAGGCAUCAGUAAACUGAAGAGCGACAUGAAGAUGCUGGAGCGCAGGUUGUCCAUGCUGGACCCCAGUAAGCUGGACCAGCCUGUGACGCCCACCGACAAGGGAGUCCGAGCUCAGUCAGUGGACGUAGAAAACAUCGAAUCUGGGAGGUACAGGCUGCCCUCUGUAGAGUCCAUUGACGUUCCGGACAGCUUCCCUGUUUCCAAGGACACCAGACAUGGCCAGUGGCUGCGCAGGAGGCGGCUGGACGGAGCGCUGAACAGGGUCCCCGUUGGCUUCUACCAGAAAGUGUGGAAGAUCCUGCAGAAGUGCCACGGUCUGUCCAUAGAGGGCUUUGUCCUUCCAUCUUCAACCACCAGAGAGAUGACGCCUGGAGAGAUUAAGUUCUCCGUCCACGUAGAGACGGUGCUGAACCGUGUCCCCCAGCCCGAGUACCGACAGCUGCUGGUGGAGGCCAUCCUGGUCCUCACCAUGCUGGCCGACGUGGACAUCCCCAGCAUCGGCUCCAUCAUUCACGUGGAGAAGAUCGUCCACCAGGCCAACGACUUGUUCUUCAAAGAUCAGAAGGACCUGGGAGCGGGAGAGCACAUCCUGGAGAAGGACCCGUCCACCGGAGUGUGCAAGCUGUUGUACGACAGCGCUCCCAGUGGCCGCUUCGGGAGCAUGACCUACCUCACUAAGGCUGUGGCGGUGUAUGUGCAGGACUUCCUGCCCAGCGGGGCGUGUGCGGUGCAGUGAUGGUCGACAAGAAAACGAUGUUUUAUAGUACAGUGAUAAAUUAACAGAAUGGUGAGAUUCUGCCAUAAGCUCAGUGUUAAAGUAGAGAGUGUGCUGAUGUUUUUAUCAGGCUAUAGAGUAAAAGCCAUGUUGCUAGCUUGUUGGCUUUUUUUCUUUUUUACAAGUUGGCAUUUUUAAGGAAGUCCUCAGUGCUCAUAUCUAUUUAAUAACCUUCCCUUCAUCCUUUACUCAUACAGCAUGAUUGGACAUGCUGUACAAAAAAUUAAAAAUGUUCUUCUCCUUGUAAUUUCCUCCAUUCCAGCAGAUUACAUAAAUUAAAAUGUAAAAACUAAACCCACAAGCAGAUCCCAUCUCUAUGUCCCUCAGAAUGAGUUGAAGAAUAUUAGGGAUGCAACGUAGCGAAAGCUCAGGAGAUUACACACAACUUAAGGUUUACAGCAAAAGUUUAGCUUUGCUUUGAGAAACUAUGACAUUAAUCUAACUUGGACUUGCUGAUAUUGCUGAUGCCGAGUGUAGAGUGAUCAAAUCCCAGUUUCAUUAAAGUAUUUUAGAGUCUGAAUUAGAGGCAAAACUUGUUGGAUAGAUCAAAUAUCUCCCUUAAAUUUAGCACCGUGAGGUUAUUGUUAGCAUUCAGCCAAAGUUAACCAUUUAACGGUUGGCAGCAUUUCCACAAAAUGAACCUUUUGCUUGACUUCACCACUUUGUCACUUGUUCUUUUUUUAUGACAGAUAAAUGACUUAAAAUUAGCCAUGACGCCAUCGUUAGCAUUUAGCCAGAGUCAGCAUUCAACGGUUAGGAUUAUGCUGACUCUGAAAUUGCUUCAGAAACACUGAAAAAGUUUUUCACCAGAGUGUUUUUGACUACAAGUCUUUUUUUUUUUUGCUGCCUCUAAGGACCAAAGGACAGCUUAUCCACUUCCUGUACGAGUUUGAAAAGCAAGUUUCAAACAUCUUUUAGUCGAAUGAAGUCGGACAUUUAUGAAACAGAUAAAUGGCUAUUUAAUAUCCAGAGGUCUUGUCGCUGUACUCUGCACCCGUUUGCUGACUCCUCAAACUCAGCCUGAGAUUUUCAAGCCGAUAUUCGUGCAUCUCACCUUUUUUAUGGGUGAGAGCCACGAUUACAAACUGCACUUGUUCUUAAUAAGAAAGAAAAAAUGCUAACACAUUUAUUUGCCACUUUAGUAUUGGUCCUAUGCUUCUUUUUUUUUUUUUCCUGAAUUUUGUUUGUUCCGAGUUACGUGUCAAAGGCUCACAUGUCUUCAACCCAUUUAUUUGUUGUUCUUUUUGCUAUAGAAACCAAUUUUUAUCUGGACUAAAGGAAUUGAACAAUCAAGGAGUAACUAGUCCUUGAUUAGUCGUUACACUCUUAUUUAUUUAGUUAUGAGAUUUUAAA